AUGUCUGUUGAAGGAGUCCGUAUUCUCGCACCUGUGCUUGGCGAACACGCCAAGAUCCUUACGCCUGAGGUGAUCAAGUUUCUUGCCAUCCUUCACCGCACUUUCGAGCCUGUCCGUCAGGAGCGCUUGAAGGCGCGCGAGGUUCGCCAAGUCGAGCUCGAUGGAGGCAAGACUCUUGACUUUUUGCCACAAACUCGCGAGAUCCGCGAGGACCCCUCUUGGAUUGGUGCGCGCCCCGCCCCUGGUCUCCGUGACCGGCGUGUCGAGAUCACUGGCCCCGUUGAUCGCAAGAUGGUGAUCAACGCCUUGAACUCGGGCGCCUACACGUACAUGGCGGACUUUGAGGACUCCAACGCCCCGACUUGGAGCAACAACCUUGACGGUCAGGUCAACCUGAACGCCGCUAUUAACCGCUCUGUCGACUUUAAGCAGGCAGACGGCAAGGAGUACAAGCUCAAGCCUCAAGGCCAGACUGCCACACUCAUUGUCCGUCCCCGUGGCUGGCACUUAAAUGAGGAAUUCUUCCACGUCGAUGGCACCGCUAUUUCUGGUAGCAUCUUUGACUUUGGUCUCUACUUUUUCCACAAUGCCCGGCGUCUCGUGGAGACCGGCUUUGGCCCCUACUUUUACUGCCCCAAGAUGGAAUCCCACCUCGAGGCGCGCCUCUGGAACGACAUCUUCAACUUUUCGCAGGACUACAUUGGCAUGAGUCGCGGCACUAUCCGUGCUACUGUGCUCAUUGAGACCAUCACUGCUGCGUUUGAGAUGGAGGAGAUCAUCUACGAACUCCGCGAGCACUCUUCUGGUCUCAAUUGCGGUCGCUGGGACUACAUCUUUUCGUUCAUCAAGCGCCAGCGCUUCAACAAGUCUGCUGUUCUCCCGGACCGCAGCGAUGUCACCAUGACGGUGCCUUUCAUGCAAGCCUACGUCAACUUGUUGAUUAACACUUGUCACAGGCGCCAGGUCGCUGCGAUCGGCGGUAUGGCUGCUCAGAUUCCGAUCAAGAAUGAUGCCAAGGCGAACGAUGCUGCCAUGGAGAAAGUCCGUCUUGACAAGCUCCGUGAGGUCAAGGCCGGUCACGACGGUACGUGGGUUGCCCACCCCGCGCUUGUCAAGCUUGCACUCGAGGUGUUUAACGAGCACAUGCCCGGUCCAAACCAAUAUUACCGUCGCCGCGAGGAAGUCAAUGUCACUGCGCUCGACCUUCUCAAUCCUAACGUGGCCGGCAACAUUACCGAGGCUGGUGCGCGCAGCAAUGUGCAGGCGCUCCUGGCCUACUGUGCCAACUGGGUCCGUGGCCUUGGCUGUGUGCCGAUCAACCACUUGAUGGAGGAUGCGGCGACUGCUGAGAUCUCUCGUCUCUCGCUCUGGCAGUGGGUCUUCCACGGCCAAUCCACCAAGGACGGCAAGAAGAUUACGCCCGAAUACAUCGACCAGCUCCUCGCCGAUGAGUCGGCAAAGCUGCCCAACCUUGACCCCAAGGCCGUCGAUCUCUCGCGCCGCUAUCUUUCCCAGCAGGUCCGUGCGAAGAAGCCGAGCGAGUUCUUGACGACCGACUUGACGAGCCACCUGGACAACAGCAAGUCGAUCGCCAAGGUUUAA